AUGGACGCGUUGAGUGAGGAUAGCUGUAUACUGAAAAUCCGUAGCAUUAGUGAGGGCCAGGCAGGUUUCCGGAAGAAGAGGGGGUGCGUAGACCACGCAUGCACGGUAGGGAGAAUCAUCCAAGGUAGAAAGAGGGCGGGAAAGCCGACGUACUGCUUCUUCCUGGACGUGAAAAAGGCAUACGAUACCGUGCGGAGAAAUGGGCUGUGGAAUCAACUGUCCAAGUACGGCAACAGGGGGAAAAUGUGGAGAGUGCUGAAGAAGAUAACAGAGUGCACGAAAAGCGCGGUCAUGCUAGACGGAGAACUGUCACAAUUCUUCGACAUUGAGCAGGGGGUCCCACAAGGUUGCACGCUGUCCCCAACAUUGUUCCAGGUGUUCAUCAACGAUCGGUUGGAAGUCGUAGAGGCAGUCCGGAAGGGAGUAAAAGUAGGGGACACAGAAACGUCGGUGUCAGUCAGGAAUGCUUCUACUGCAAUUGUCAUGGUAUCCAACGAGGACAAGGAGGAACCAGUAGAACAUAGAUGGAGGUGGGGGAUGUGGGGGAUCGAGGAGAUUUGCAGUAAUGGACCAGUACGCAUACCUCGGAGUAGAGAUCGCAAAAGGCUCCUCGUGGUGUGCUCACAUGUCCAAGGCAGCGGAAAAGGGCAAAGCACCACCAGCAGGGGAGCUGCACCCAAUAGACUACUCGCAAACCGGCACCUCGAUACACGCAUCAAAUUGACGGUUUUGAAGAGCGUAAUCGUACCGCCGCUAGAGUACGCCGGAGAAAUGAAAGCAGCGAAAACCAUCCUAGGAUGCUCCAGGCGCACAAGUAGCGCAGCCGUCAGGGCAGAAUUGGGGAUCCAAUCCCUACGGGCGGGAAGCGACGCAAGGAAGCUGACAUGGCAGUAUCGUGUUUGCGGCCUACGCCACUUAUUUAUCGGACAACCCACGGAAUGGGUCAAGGUUGUAGAGGACGUAUGGAAGGGGCUCGACAUCGACGAAGAUGAAACGCUGGAAACGGAGGGUCUACAGGGGUUCAAGGAGAAGAUA